AUGGUCAAUGACCAGCUGGUCCACACAACUGACAAGGUCAGCAUGAGCUGCGUGGUCAAUGUGCCUGGCUUCCCACGAUCCGAGGAGGUUGACCUCCCACCCACCAUCAACUUCAGCCCCUGCAGCAUCCAAGACAGAAAAUGCCGUCAGAAGCAGCAAGCAAGGAACCGCGAGCGGAUAAACACUGUUGUCAAAAUGAGGACCAGUGGAACCCCCAUCCGGGAGGACACCCGGCCAGUGGUCCAAGGCUCGUGUCAGAGUGAACUUCACAGAGCGCUGGAGAGAUUAGCAGCUUCCCAAACCAGAACCCACGAGGACCUGUAUAUAAUCCCCAUUCCCAACUGUGACCACAAUGGGAACUUCCACCCCAAACAGUGUCAUCCAGCGUUGGAUGGGCAACGAGGGAAAUGUUGGUGUGUAGAUCGGAAAACCGGGGUCAAGUUGCCGGGAAGCCUGGAGCUAAAGGGAGACUUGGAUUGCCACCAACCUGCAGAUGGGGUGCAAGAGUGACGUGACUGAAGAGAAGAGGACGCUGAGGCUUUCCUUGAUGAACUGCCAUAGCACUGUUUGAUGAACAGAUGGAUCACAAAUGGGGAUGUUACCACAAUGCUUUUUUGUUUUGUUUUGUUCCUUAAGGGGAAGUUACACCUGCCCCUACCCCCUCACAACUACAUUAAUCUAAGCCUGACAUGAUCUAGCCCAUCCACAUCUCUCUGGUGCUUAAUUGGGUAAGAAUUAGCAACCGCGGUUCCUUCUUCACAGACUCUGGAAACUACAUUCCAUUUGACUGGCCAUCAUUGGGGCAGGGGGGCGAAGCAGUAUAAGCUUUAACUUAAGUAAUUGGAUGGGGGUCUUUUGAGAGUGUUUGCCCCCAGGUAGGCCCACUUCUGCUUUUGGCCUCUAGAGCAGCGGUAGCCAACACAUGGCCUUCCAGAAGUUGUUAGACAUCAGCCUCCCAUCUCCUCAGCCAACAUGGCCAAUGUCUGGGGAUGGUAGGAGUUGGGCCCUAACACUCAGAGGGCACCAUGUUGAGUGCCCUUGCUUUGGAGAGAAAGAUCUAGAUCCCCAUCAUCAGAGUCCUCUUCACCCUCCCACCCCAGCAAACAGGGAGAUGUGGCUUGGGAGAGAGGCAGCCAUCUUCCUCUUUCUGACAUCGAGUUGGUGUCAACCCUGUACAUUCAUGAUGAUCCCUCCCUUAUGGGUUUCAACUAAGGGCUAAAGUCUACAUGUGACUUUAUACUUCUGCAUGGCGACUCUUCUUGCCCUGCCUCUCUACCAGGCUUCCGCGUGCAAUUAGUGCUGUGAUUAUCUGCUAAUAUAUUGGUCGCAAUGUUUUAAAAAUUGCUGUGAAUAUUACUGUUCUUCAUUGUUUAUUGAAACUUCUUUUUU